GUGUGCUCGUCGAUGGGGAUAGAUGAGGUAUAUCCAGAAUAUUCGGUAGCGGAUACGGGCCCGAAAGCGACGGAGCAGCAGCUAGGUGCGUCCUUCAGUUAUUGAUGACAAUAAUUUCUAUUUGUAUUUCAGAGAAAACAAAUUGUGAUUUACGUACAGCAACAUAAACGCGUCUUUUCAACCCCCCAACUUCAUCCUGACUCCCUUCCCCCAGCUUGCAGGGCCUCCGUGAUGCCUAGAGCAGAGUCCACCAAGAUCCCCAGGGCUGACUCCCAGCCAUACCAGUCGCCCUCACCGUCACCAACAUUGACUGCCCCUACCCUGUCCCCUUCCAGGAAGCGGCAUGUUUGUGCGACAUGCGACCGUGCCUUCACGACCAGCGGUCAUUUGGCACGACACAAUCGCGUCCAUACGGGGGAGAGGAACCACAAGUGUCCGUUUCCGGGAUGCGAGACGAGGUGCUCGAGGCAGGAUAACUUGCAACAGCAUUAUCGCAUUCACCUCGCACCCGGUUCUCGUCGCAAUAAUCGUGCCGGUUUGUCCCGCACAUCCACGUCCAGCUCAAAACGCGCCCCC